AUGUGGAGUCUUCCAUGUCUGCGGCAAUUGCGCAUCAAGUGUAAAUCUCUUACAUCUAUUGGAGUUGGAGGCAGCAUUACAACUUUAUCGUCCCUUAAGGUCCUAUUAGUUCAGUGUUGUGAGAAAUUGCCAACCCUUGGUGACUUCCUAACACAUGAAUAUCUACCUGCUAUCGAGAAAAUUGACGUCGAAUAUUGUCCCGAGUUGUUGUCCCUGCCAGUUGAAAGGGCGGUGGUGCCGUUGGGCGCCGGGGUGGCGUCGACAGAUGUCUGGACUGACAAGGAUGAUGCGGAUCUCUAUCCUGAAGAUGGGUGGAAAACUUUGGCCACCAUGUUCAUUCCUGCCAUUGGGGUCAUCAGUGCCAUCAAUGAGUGUGUCAAUUUGUUAGAGUGGCUGAAAUCUGCUCUGCACUCCCGAUGGAGUGGCUCACACCAGGAAACUCUUCAAGGUCGUGUAUUGCAAUUGCAAAGUGACAUACAACGUCUUAAGGACACUCUUCCUACAUUCUAUGACCUCAUUGACCUCAUUGAAGGAGCUGAGUGGAGAAGCCAUGAUCACCGUGUCGCUGAGCUCCUUCAGCGCCUCAAGGAUGCAGUGACUGACGCCGAGGACCUUCUUCAUGAGUUCAGAUCAUACGAGAAGAAGGCGCAAGUGGAGGGCAAUUCAGGCUCAUCUCCAUUCAUCGACUUCCUGGGUGUCGUCAUCCAAGGGAGCUUCGACAAACUGAAUGAUGCCCAAUUGAGGUUGAAUCAUCUUUCGCGUCAGCUGAAGAAUAUGGGGCUUUGUGGAGUUACACAACGUUUUGACAGAGUAGUCAGGCCGGAGACCACCUCUUUGCUAAAUGAAACACAAAUAUUUGGCCGUGACAAGGAACUGGAGCGGGUACUGGGGUGUCUUAUUGUACCUAGAAAUUCAAAGCGCAGGAGAGAAACUUGUUCAGUCAGUGCAUUAAGAAGCAACCAUCUUGGUAAUGGAUCAAGAAUAUCUAGUCUUCGUGUUUUGCCAAUAGCUGGAAUUGGUGGUGUUGGAAAGACUACUUUGGCCCAACUUAUCUGCAACCAUCAACGGGUGAGGUCCCACUUUGACCUGAUAAUUUGGAUUUGUGUCUCAGAUGACUUUGAUGUGAAGAGGUUAACUAAAGAGGUCAUACAAUCCUGUACUGGAAAGGAGGCAACGGCUGAUAAUUUGAAUACUCUUCAAGAGAUUCUCUCUAACUAUGUGAACAAUGAGAGGUUAUUGAUAGUCCUUGAUGACGUGUGGGAUGAUGCCUUGAAGAAAAAUGGGCAGUGUUGGAAGAGGUUUUGUGCACCUUUUAGAAGUGUCCAAGAGGGAAGUUUGAUGUUGGUCACCACUAGAUGUCCAAAGGUUACCGAGGGGAUGUGCACAAUGGAGCCUGUUAUAUUGGAAGGUCUAAAUGAGGAUGUGUUUUGGGAUUUAUUCAAGUACUUUGCGUUUGGAUCUGAGGGUUCUAACAGUUAUCCUGAGUUAGAGCGCAUUGGUAAGGAAAUACUUCCUAAAUUGAAGGGUUCUCCUUUGGCUGCCAAAACCCUGGCACGCAUGUUAAGAACAUAUCCUGAAGCAUCACAUUGGAAUAAUAUACUUGAGAGUGAAGUGUGGGAACUGAAACAAGAAGUGCGUGAGAUUUUACCCGCCCUUCGGUUGAGCUACAUAUAUUUGCCAUUUAAUUUGAAGAAAUGCUUCGCAUUCUGUGCUGUGCACCCCAAACAAUACAAAUUUGAGAAGGGACGCUUAGCUGAAAUUUGGGUAGCUGAAGGCUAUGUGGAACCUGAAGGCCGUGUUCCAAUUCAAGGCAUUGGCUGCCAGUAUUUUGAAGACCUUGUAGCACGGUCCUUCUUUCAGAAAGAUCCUAGUGUUGGUGUUGCACACGGCAACUCAAGUACCCAUAUCAGGCCUACAACAGCUCAAUUCAUCCUAAAAAAUAAGAGUGACUUUGAUAAAAUUCCCUGGAAUGUUCGUCAUGUUUACGUACACCCUAGUGGUGACUUAGACAAUUCCGACUUGCUGAGACUAUGUAAGUACAUGAAGCUGCGUACCAUAAUUUGCGAGAAGAUUUUGGGGGCACAAAUAGGUUCUAUAAUGGGCCAGUGGUGUACUAAACUUCCACGUAUACGUGUGAUCUGUUUUGCCUCCGAGGAUGAGUUGCUAGAUGGUACUGGCAACUGGCAGCAUCUUCAGUGGAGCAACGGCUGUUUCAAAAAAUAAAGGAAGCAGAGCAGAUCAAUAGAAGA